GGAAUGCAGUGUGUGAUGAAAACGUGUCAGUAACCUUGUUCGCUAAUAAUCAAAUUAAUCUGAUCUGGAUAUUCAAUACAUAUUGUGGACUUCCGAAACUCUGACAGUGCCAUUACGCACGAAGCUCCUUUUCUCGAACACCGAUUUUUUUGCGCUGCUGGCUUGCUUGAAGCUUUAACGAGUAUCGGUGUUCAACAUACAAGAUGUGAAUUUCAACGAUCCUCAUGCAAAUCUAAAAGGAGGCUAUGCAGAGCAACAGCGACCCGAGUUGUGGAAAGAUAGUCAACUUAGGUAAAUAGUUCGACUCCACCGUGAAAGCUCUUCAGUUUGACUUUAUAUUAAACUGAUCGGCUUGAUUGCUACUUGAUCAAUAGGAAAGAUACGGUUCUACGCAUGGACUCAAGACUGACAUUCCAGUAGUAGCCAAGAUAAGCUUUAGGUGGCUACCAGCUGGUUGCUAAGAAGGGUUAAAUUGUAUCUAAAGGGAGUUUGGAAACCCAGCCUUUCUUCCACACGGAUCAACUCAUUGGGUGGGAGCUGAGAGAGAGACAAGAGUCCCCAGCAAAUCAGGAGCUAAUUGAUUAAAGAGACUUCAUUUGAAUAGGGGGCUGGCGAGGUGCCAAUCGCCUUUCAAAGAACCACCGUAUGAUUAAUCGCAGAGCAUUAUUGAUAAUCAUAACAGGGCACAUGCGCGGUGGAUGGGCUCGAUUUCCGUAAUUUUGAGCUGAUUUUUUAGUAUUUUUUUAUUCUUUCCUGGCUGAUGUGUGAGCCAGCAUGUCGCGGAGGAAACAAGCGAAGCCGCAACAUUUCCAAUCGGACCCUCAUCUGGCCUUAUCCGAACACAAUGGGGACACAGAGCCGUGCUCAGAAGACCCCCCCUGUAAGGAGUCAGAUGCCCAUGUCUGUAGCAGAUGUUGCGCUGAGUUCUUUGAACUAUCAGAUCUUGAACAACACCAGAAGAAUUGCACUAAGAAUCAAUUAGUUCUGAUAGUGAAUGAAAAUCCCGCCUCUCCCUCCGGAACCUUCUCGCCUGGCUCCCCUCCCAAUAAUCCUGAUGAGCAGAUGAAUGAUACGAUUAAUAACACUGAUCAAGCUGAGUGCAGCGACCUUUUGGAGCAAAACACUCUCGACAAAGAAGAAUCUAUGGACGUGGACGUAUCUGGGAUCACCAAUGGUCAUGAAGAUGGAAACAGUCAUGUGGAGGGUGGCAGUCCUAUAAACACAGGCAGGGGAAGCUCUGGACCCACAAUGGGCACUUCUGCCAUCUCUGCCCCUCUACCUCAGCUUGGAAACCUAACUGAACUGGGAAACUUCUCCAUGAUCAACAGCAACGUCAUCAUUGAAAACUUGCAGAGCACCAAAGUGGCUGUGGCUCAGUUUUCCCAGGAGACGCGCCCAUCUGGACCAGCAGGACCGAGGGUGGCUGUGCCAGCCCUGAUGGAGCAGCUCCUGGCCCUCCAACAACAACAGAUCCACCAACUGCAGCUCAUUGAACAGAUCCGCCACCAGAUAUUGCUCCUGGCUUCUCAGUCCCCAGAAAUGCAGGUGCCCCCCAGCUCUACUCCAGGCAAGUUGGGACCCUCUGCCAGCCCACUGACCACACUAAGCUCCCAUCUCUCCCAGCAGCUGGCUGCAGCCGCAGGCCUAGCACAGAGCCUCGCUAGUCAGUCAGCCAGCAUCAGCAGCCUGAAGCAGCUGGCUGCAGCGGCGCAGCUACCUCAGCCCAACCCCAGCAGCAGUGAAUCAUCUCAGAGCAUUAGCACACUGGGGCCGUCAGCAGUCAAUGCCCAGUCAUCUGACAAGAGGCCAGGCCACACGGGCACCCUCCACUCUCAAUUCACCAACUCUUCACUAGCUAAGUCAUCCACACCAGCCUUUGGGAUAGGUAGCCUGUUGAACUCUGCAACAAAUCCACUUCUACCUCAGCCCCCAACUGGCAACCCACCAUUCUCCAAUACUCUGCCCAGUGUUGGUACCACAGUGGAGGACCUUAACUCUCUAGCUGCCCUCGCCCAGAGGAAAGGCAAGGCCCCAAAUGUCACUUCAUUUGAAACCAAGAGCAACUCAGAGGAGGCUUUCUUCAAGCAUAAGUGCAGGUUUUGUGCCAAGGUGUUUGGGAGUGACAGUGCCUUGCAGAUCCACCUGCGUUCUCACACUGGUGAGAGGCCGUAUAAGUGUAACAUCUGUGGGAACCGCUUCUCCACCCGUGGCAACCUAAAGGUCCAUUUCCAACGUCAUAAAGAGAAGUAUCCACACAUUCAGAUGAAUCCAUACCCUGUUCCAGAGCAUUUAGAUAAUAUUCCGACCAGCACUGGCAUUCCAUAUGGCAUGUCAAUGCCACCUGAGAAACCUGUCACCAGCUGGCUAGACAGCAAACCGGUACUUUCCACUCUGCCGUCGUCAGUAGGCAUGCUCCUCCCACCCACCAUGCCCAACCUGCCGUCUUUCAUCAAAAAAGAGGAUCAUUCUGUAGCUAUAACCAGCCCCCCAAGCUCAGCUAAGAGUGACUCAGGUACCGCCGAGCUGUCAAUGAAGAUCAACAAUGGCGUGUCUGAAGAAGGUGAAGGAGCAACCCUGCCUACCUCAAACGGGAAAACUGAAGAGGGCAGCCACUCCUUGAGCUUUUUGAAACAUGUGAGCUCUGCCUCUGACAGCAAUGCUGAGUAUACAACAUCUAACAGCCCUCCCAUGAUGACCAAUCCUCUCAUGCCCCUCAUGUCCGAGCAGUUUAGGGCUAAGUUCCCCUUUGGGGGCCUCCUAGAUCCCCUCCAGGGCUCAGAGACCUCCAAGCUGCAGCAGCUCGUGGAAAACAUUGACAGGAAAGUGACAGACCCAAACGAAUGUGUCAUCUGUCACCGAAUACUCAGCUGCCAGAGCGCUCUAAAAAUGCAUUACCGCACUCACACUGGAGAGAGGCCUUUCAAAUGCAAAGUGUGUGGUCGAGCUUUCACCACGAAGGGAAACCUCAAGACUCACUACAGCGUCCACCGGGCCAUGCCGCCACUUAGGGUCCAGCACUCUUGUCCCAUCUGCCAGAAAAAGUUCACCAAUGCGGUGGUUCUUCAGCAACACAUCCGAAUGCACAUGGGUGGACAGAUCCCCAACACCCCACUGCCGGACAGCUACCCUGAGUCCAUGGGCUCUGACACAGGGUCAUUCGAUGAGAGAAACUUUGAUGACCUGGACAAUUUUUCUGACGACGACGACAUGGAAGGGAUGGAGGGGUUGGAGGACGGCCCAGAUAGCAGCGUUCCAGACACCCCCAGAUCGGCUGACGCCCAUCAGGAUAGUCUCGGUAACUCUCCCACACCACAUGACACAUAUGGCCAGGAUGGACAGGAGAACAACACCCAACAAAACUCCCAAAUGAAUGCCCAUCAACGGCUGAUGGAGGAGCUCCAUGCCAGUAGAAUGAAGGCCAUGGGGAAUGGCUUGAUGGAAGGGGAUUGCUUCACCAACGAUGACUCUUCCAUGGGCGGGGACAACGAGAGCCAAAGUGUUGGAAGUCCAGCUGUUUCUGAAUCUACCUCUUCCAUGCAGGCACCAUCUCCCAACAGCGGGCAGCCACAUCAGCGAAAAUCCCCCAGCUUAGAUGAGAGAAACCAUAGGGCCAUGUCCCUGGAGCAGAUCAGUGCGAACCUCAUGCACUCGCACCCCUCCAGCAUCGGAGCGCUGGAUCUGACAUCGGUCAACCCUUCUAAGGAUCCCCUGGGCAUGCUGUUCCCCUUCCGUGAGCGCAGCACCUUCAAAAACACGGCCUGUGACAUCUGUGGGAAGACGUUUGCUUGUCAGAGUGCCUUGGACAUUCACUACCGAAGCCAUACCAAAGAGAGACCGUUCAUUUGCACAGCCUGUAACCGGGGCUUCUCCACCAAGGGAAACCUCAAGCAACACAUGCUCACCCACCAGAUGAGAGACCUACCCUCCCAGCUCUUUGAGCCAUCGAACACCAGCCUGUCCUCCAGCCCCACCCCCUCUCUGCUCUCCAUGGGCUCCUUGUCCUCCAUGAUAAAGUCAGAGGUCAACGGCUUUCUCCAUGGCCUCCACCAAGAUUGUAAGGACAGCAUGCCUCCUGGCUUGGUCACAUCUUCGGCCUCUACAUCUCCUGUGCUCUCAGCUGCCCCACCUCGUAGGACACCCAAGCAGCACUACUGCAACACCUGUGGGAAGACGUUCUCCUCCUCCAGUGCAUUGCAGAUCCAUGAGAGGACCCACACUGGAGAAAAGCCUUUUGCUUGUACCAUCUGUGGCCGAGCUUUCACCACCAAAGGAAAUCUCAAGGUUCACAUGGGCACACACAUGUGGAACAGCGCCCCUGCCAGACGUGGCCGCAGGCUCUCUGUCGACGGCCCCAUGGCCUUCCUGGGCACCAAUCCCAUCAAAUUCCCUGAAAUCUUCCAGAAGGACAUGGCGUCGAGGGCAGGAAACGGAGACCCAUCCAGUUUCUGGAACCAGUACGCAGCAGCCUUCUCCAACGGCCUGGCAAUGAAGACCAAUGAGAUCUCUGUCAUACAGAAUGGAGGCCUCCCUUCCCUGUCUGGCAGUCUGGGGAACGGCGGCAGCUCGCCUGUGGGAGGCCUCACAGGCAGCCUGGACAGGAUGCACAGUACAGAACCCAAUGCCGCUCUGGCUGGCCUGGAGAAAAUGGCCAACACAGAGAAUGGGACCCACUUCCGAUUCACACGUUUUAUGGAGGACAACAAAGAGAUUGCUACCAACUAGAAUGUUUCUCCUUAAUCAGACAGACAGACCAACUCACACACACAAAUAAUGUACAUGCAUACAUAUUUAGACACACACACACACACAGGGAAGAGAACAAGACAAAGACAAAAAAUGUACUGCUUUGGCUUGCCAUUGAAACUUUACGAACACAAGUGUGAAGACAACUUGCUUUUUUGUACAAUGUACAACCUGUUAUAGUUUUAAGGAGCUUAUUUAUUAGUGAUUAUAACCUUGCUCGGAACCAAGUGGAAGCAUUAACAGUUAGUUUCAUUUUCUGUUCUUCAGCCAGAAUGAGUAUGUAUGAGUGCUUAAAAUGUGCUUUUAAAAUUUAGCAUAUCUGGGUAGAUAACUUUACCUUGGCAUUAAGUUAUUUUCUGUGUAUAGGUAUAACAAAACUGUUGAUGUUCUUGUGAUGCAUUAGAUCUGUAAUAAACAAAACAGAAUGGCUGUAAAUAGUGUACACUGAUCUAUAAUAGAUGGUCUAACAGCUGUGUAUUAACGUUCCCCAAGAAAAAAAAAAAGAAAAAGAAAAAAAAAAAUUCAGGCAAGGGACUACAAUAUGAAAAUAUAAAAGCCCCUCUUUUAUCAACCACAAUUUAACUUUAUUUAAGGAAAAAAACAUACAACUGCUGCAUUUCAAGUGUUACUUCUAAGAGUUUUUUGUUUCUGUUGUUCGAUGUAGUGUAGGCUUCCUUUUCUUUGACUUCCAUAGUUCCUUUUUCCUUCAUCUUUCUUGUUUCGUUUAUUUUGGUAUAAAGUCUACAACAGACAGUUGUUAGGGCAGGAUCGUCAUUCUGAGAAGCCCACAUCCUGGUUUGAACUGAGAAAGCUAAUCGUAUGGGUGUGAUUCUCCUGUAGGCUAAUUCCUCCGCUGGAUUUCCACAUUGCUGCUAUGUUCUAGCAUCCUCGUUGACAUCAAGUGCAAAUAUGUGUUGAAGCGUCUGUAAAUAAUGUCAGAUGGGGAACUACAAAUUCCAUCACAACAAAAAUGUACAUAUAGCUCACAAGACAAAGUCCAUCUUGGCCAGGGGACAAAGGAUAGUGUUUUUAUAAAUAUAUAUAUAUAUGGGUUUGACAAACCUUCGGACUGUUACAUGCACUUUCUUGGAAAGUUGGAAGAUCUUUAUGGGUCCAGUUUCUCUACACUUUAAUACUUACUAACAACUAAGAUACUGUAAUUCUUUACUCUAAUAAUCAAAUACAACAGUUUUCCAAAAGAAA